UCUUAUUCUUAGUCCGGGAGUGUCGGGGCCAAUUUGGCCAUGGAGAGUUUUGCGACUCCUUAUCCCGUCGUUUUCUAUGAUGGAGAAGAGGAGCAUGACCGCGGGGUUAUCGGUGUGCAUUCCGUUCUAACCUUCAAGCGGUUUCAGGCAAUGGUGAGCCAGAAGACAGGGCAGCCAGCGAGUAGCGUGUCCGCCGUGUUUUGUUACAGGCGAACCGUGGGUGAUGUGGAGAAGAGACUGAAGCUGCCAAUCAAUGAGAACACAAACUUUAACAUCAUCUUGAAUCAACACAAACCGAGCAAGGAGAAGGAUGCUCGCUUCCUGAUCACCCUGAAGAAGUCUAAAAGAGAGAGGAAGUGUGUGAGGAAGAAAUCUGCAGAGCCAGAGAAUGGCGAGGAGGACGAUGACACCUCUUCUAAUCGAGGGGAUUCUCCUCCGCCUCCCCCUUCCCAGGCGUGUCGUGAUGCUGAUAGGCCACCAUCGGCUGAACUUGCUCUUCUAAACCAACAGAGAUCAUCGACCUUGUGUUCUGCAGGUGCCUCAAGCCCCUCUGCUGGAAGUGCUCCGAUCCCAGUCCCCUCAUCGAUGAGCAGUACGCCCCCUUCCCCUUCUUCAUACUCCUCUCCGCGUUCCCCCUCGCCGCCUCAUUCUCAAUCCCCUCCUCGCCUCUCUCACCCUUUGUCUCCUGCUCAUCCUGCUUCCCACCACCCCUCCUUUUCCCCUCUGACUUCAAUCUCUUUGCAGUUGUCCUUGGCAGCCUCCUCCUCACCCCAAGUACCGCCGUCGUCUUUCUUGGUCCCCUCAAUUCCAUCCCCAUCUUCUUCACCUUCACCUGUGCCCUCUGCUGGUUCCCCUUCCCUAUCCUCGCCCCUUUCGGUGUCGGUGCAACCCUCUUCAUCGAGAGUGCUCUUCCCCUCUAUGAUGCCAUCCCCUGGCCUCUCCAGUCCAUCCCUUCACCACCACCAUCAACAACUGCAACAACAGCAACAGCAACAACAACAACAACAACAGCAGCAGCAGCAGCAGCAACUUCAACAACAACUUCAGUCUCUGCAGCAGACAGCGACACUCGCACGGACACAAAUGAAUGGUUUGGAGAGAGUGUCCUUGGCGACUGGGAUGGCUGAAGGUGGGAGAGUGGAACGGACGCUCAUGAGACGCGACCCCCAGGCAACUGGACGACAACUACAUCAGCUGCAGCAGCAGCAGCAGCAGCAACAGCAGCAACAGCAGCAACAGCAGCAACAGCAGACGCCAACCCAAAUGCAGGACCAGCAACAGCUUCAGCAUCAAAUCAAUGGGUCCUUGAUGUCCAUGGUGCAAUCAAGGUGGCAAGGUAGUUUGGGGAUAUUGCCGCGGACAGCGGCAAGUGGGGGCGGAAGCAGCUUGCAGCAGCAGCAAGUUCUUAGCAAAGCAGAUGCUAACACUCUCCAACAGCAGGUGAAUCAUCACCUCCAGGUGCAAGCUCAGCUGCAGGUGCUGCAGCAGCAGCAAAGAGGGCAGGAGAUCGAACGACAGAUUCAGCAGCAGCAGCAGCAGCAGCAGCAGCAGCAGCAGUUGGAGCAGCAGAUGCAGGAACGACUCGACAGUGAUGCCAAUGAGAGGAUGCUGGAGAGGUUGCAGCAGUAUCAUGCUGCACGACAAAUGCAUUUCGAGCAACUGCCGUCCCUGGCAGGACAACAACAGGUCCACGGAUCCCCACCACCACAGCCUCACACCCACGUUCAUCUCGCACAACCGCUGGAGUCGAUGGACCAGUCUCAGCAGCAGCAGCAGCAGCAGUUUCUUCUGACCAACUCGUCGGCGUUGCGGAUCGCAGGUCUCUCUCGUCAAUCUGUGCCUGUAGGUUCUGUCCUUGAGAGGAACAACAUGAUUUCUGGUUCAUCGGGACAUUCGAGUGCCGCUGCGCUGUCCGCUCAGGUGACAAAUUCGGGUGCUCACGCGACUGGGUCGCCCGUCUCGACGCCCUUGUUGAGACCCCUAUCGUCAACCGCCUCUGCUGCGGGAUCUCUGAUCUCCUCCUCCUCCUCCGCUGUCGGCCAAACGGCUGCAGCUGCAAGGUUCGCCGCCGCGUUCGCGGCCGCUGCCACCCAGGCUUCAAUGUCAUCGACGUUGAAUAAUGUACGGCAUUACCCAAUGAGAGUGUCGUUACAGUCGCCGUUGGUGCAGGGGGGGCACACUGGUAUGCCGGCGCAAAUCAUGGCGCUAGAUUUGAACGGAGUCCUGAGCGGUAUUAUGGCGGCGGGCACUGCCAACAACGAGUCGGUCCAAAAGGUCAGUAAGAUGAGCAGUGGCAGUCUUCGCGGCGACAGCAUCAAGUUCUGCAAGAUAUGCAGCCAUUGGCGAGAAAACAGCUGGGCUACACCUGCAGGUCCUGUUCCUUUCCACUGGUGUGUUGAUGAUCGGGUCUGGGGUGGGUUUCACGGUCCCCCUCCUGCUGGCCCUAUUGAACGGCCGGUCAAGCGCCAUGUUGAAGCGGCGGCGUAACUGCGCCAUUUGUCAAAGACGGUGUGGUAAAAUAGGCACACACAUAACGCAUCAUUGGGGUUUAGGAAUUUUGGCAGUCGUCAUGGCUUAUGACAGCUUAAACUGAUCUUUGAGUUGCAAGUGCUUCUCUUGUGAUGAUGGUGGCAUCACAUUCAUUGUCAGCACGGGGGGGGAAGGGGCUUUGCGAGGAGGUGUCUUUGUGUUUCGCGGCGUGUGUAUCGGGGGGCCACUGGAGGUCAUGUGGCAGGUGCAGGACGUGAUUCCGAUAUUGGAGGGACAACAUGCGUACAGGAUGUAGAGCUCAGAUGGGGGUCUACUUCAACAGAAGGUCAUAUAUGCAAGGGCAUCAGUGGGAAAGGAGAGAUACCACGCCAUAUGAUGCCGUGGGUACGGUGAUUGAUUGCCGACGCUUGACCCACCAGGGGAAGGGGCAGACUGAUCAGUGCUGGAGCCAGAUGGAUACGACUCUUUUCUAAGAGGGCUUGUUGGGCUCGGUCCUGCUGUGCCUUUUUGUUGACAUCAUCUGCAAAUGGACAGCGACGGGGGAACUCCAGGUUUGCAGUGAUAUGGGGUGGCCAGAGACGAACCCAACACUACCAUGCCAAUUUGGAUGCUUGGGCAGGGUGACUUGGGGGUUGGGUUGGGUUUUUGGGGGGGGGGGAGGGGGGUAGAGGGUUGAGGGGAGGGGUCAAAUAGGGAUUGCACCUACUCCGGAAGAGGAGAACCAGGUGUACUUACGAGCGAGGGACCAAAGGAAAGGGUAUGAUGGUGGCAGUGGAACCAGCAUUCCUUUUUUGGAGAGUGUAUGGCGUGAAGGUGGGUGCCGUGCUAAAAGGAUAUGGUGGGAUUUGGAGGCCAGGUUCUUCUCUGUCUUUCUUUGUGAAAAAAGAUGCGGGAUGAAUGAAGACAAGGAAUGGGGAAAGAAAAGUCCCCACCACCCUGUGCAGGUUUUGCUCUUGUUGGUGGUGCCAUUGGUAGCAGAAGGAAGCCCUCUCAGCCAGCUCAGGCUCAGGCAGGAGCUCAGUUCUCGCAAGCGACCGCCGCCAGGUCUCGUAUGCCACCGGAGUGGAGGGGAGGAGUGUUGCUGAAGGGUUUCGGGCCUGCGGGCCGGGCCUACUGGCCGAUGGUGGCCAAGGCCGGUCGUGGACAGCCCUGGAGGAGACCCUGAAGGGGAACAGGUGAGUCAAUGCCAAGCAGAUCCGCACACAGAGUGGAAAACCAGGACAAUGUUUUUAUCUUGCUGGGCGGUGACAAGUGCUGGAGGUUCUCCGUCUGUGGCAGUCGUGGCUUUGUGGGGGCUUGGACGCCGGUCGAUGUGAGCCGAGCGUCACUUACAGCGGGAGAUGGGUAAUUAAUUAGAAGUUACGAGUUAGAACGAUGACAACAAGCAGGAAAUAGUCAGUUAUAUAAAUGUGCAGAGUUGCAAAUGCACAAGUUGUGGGCUCUGUGGAAGGCAUGAUGAUGAAGGGAAAAGACAAAGAGAAAGAGAUGAGAGCUUGCUACGGAGCGAGCUUGAGAUUAUGUAGCAUAUGGGAUUUUUCUUCAGCAAGGAUGGGAUAAAUUGGAUAAUUGAUUUACCAGUUCACACGCGUGGAGUGGAGUGGUCAUUUUGUGUUAUGCAGGAUGGUCGACGCCAUGCUCGUAAUCGGGCUUGCUUUCCUGGAUGUAUCUGACCGGAAGUCCCACCCACCUUGACGUGGAUGCACCUGACCGCAAUGCCAUCCAGAGCUCAGUCGAAAAGUCCGGAGUUAGAGUGUGUGUGCUCUGAAGUGCGGAUCACAACGUACGGGGCAAGACUACUGGCAAGCCAAGCCAAGUCGUACCUGACGGAGUGACUGACUACGAGCUCGCUCCGCUGCACGACAUCUUUUAUGUAUAUGGAGCUGGUGGUGGUCUCGCACACAUUCAAAAUAGUUUUAUCAGUCCAACUACAUGUGGUCCAUUGGCUGUCCAGAUACAUGCAUUCAGAACAGUUUGAUUGGUCCCAACUGCAUCUGGUCCAUCUGCAGUCCAGGUACAUGCAUUCAAAAUAGUUUGAUCAGUCCAACUGCAUCUGGCCCAUUUGCAGUCCAGGUGCAUGCAUUCAAAAUAGUUUGAUCAGUCCAACUGCAUCUACAUGCAUUCAAUUUUGAUCAGUCCAACAGCAUCUGGUGCAUUUGCAGACCAGAUACAUGUGGAACGUUGAGUAACGGAGCGAGGUCCUGUGUGUUGCAGUGAGUUCUGACAACAGAAUUCUCCUUUUUGUUAUUCCAAUCGACUGCUGCUGCCGCCUGCCUCCGCUGCUUUUCCUCGUGUUCCAUCUUUUCGCCUUUUUUUUUUUUUUUCCGCCGCCUAUCUGGAGUUUGAGGCACUCUGGUCCUGGGUGUGGUAGAUAGAGAGCGAACUACUCGAUGUAUCGUGUCCGUCCGUCGUCAGAUAAAAAAAUUGCAGGGUAUCUCGUCCAUCUGUCCGUCCGACGUGGUAUUCGUGAGCUCUGCUGUGUUGACGUACUGUAUGUGUAUUCGCUGUUGACUUCACCAUUUAGUUGUUUCUCUGAUUGGAGCAAUUAACCCUGGGGUAGUUUCAAGGUCGGUAGUAGAAGGAGGGUGGGUGGGUGGGAAUCCGGAUCUCCACACAAUGGGAGGUCGUAUGUGGUGUGGGCGCAGAGCUGCAAACUGUCUGCUACGAUCCUGAAUGAAUGCUCGUAUAUGGGGUAAGGGGAGCAGAGGAUUGUAGAGACGUGUAUGAAGCGUGGAGGGUGGGCAACGUACGCGUCUGCUGAGUAGUUGGCGUGGAUGUGAUUUUGAUGUGUACCGUGGCAGUUGUACCGCACCUAUUUCUUGAGGGCUCUUCGGAAAAAGAUAUAAGCUACUUUUGGGUCUUGAGUUGAGGGUAAGAUAUUUUUGGAGGAUAGACAGGAAGGAGGAGGACCCUAAAUCGACGGACUGAUGGAUGGAUGGACGGACGGAUGGAUGGAAGUCCGUCGCACACUCAAGGGCAGGAGAUGAAUUGAGCGCGAUGCUUGCAUAUCUGAUGUUAUCGAAGUCUGUUGAAAAAGUCGAUGAAAUGAAGGCCAGGACCGCCA